GCCGUCUCGUCCCGUCCCGUCCCGUCCCGGUGCAGCCAUGGGGGAGGCGGCGGGAGGCAGCGCGGUGCCCCCGCUCCCGCCGUCGGAGGCGGCCGGCGGGCAGGUGAACGCCCUGACCGUCCUGGCCCUGCUGGAGAAACUCGUCUCGAUGCUGGAAGCGGUGGAGGGUCACCAGCGGCAGAUGGAGCAGAGGCAGCGGGGUUUGGAAGGGGCGGUGCGGAGCAUUCAGGGAGACCUGGGGAAACUGUGCCGCAGCCACGGGGCGACGGGCGAAGCGGUGGAGAAGCUGCUGGAGAAGUCUCGGAAGGUGUGCGCGCACACCCGCGCCGUGCGGGAGCGGCUGGAGCGGCAGUGCGACCAGGUGCGGCGCCUCGAGCAGCACCACGCCCAGCUGCUCCGCCGGGACCGCUUCAAGGUGCUCAUCUUCCAGGAGGAAAAUGAGAUCCCUGCCAGUGUUUUUGCAAAAGAACCUGUUCCUAGCAUUACAGAAGGAAAAGAGGAGCCUGUGGAUGAGAACAAAACAUUGGAAGAAACCUUGCACACAGUGGAAUUGGGUUCAGAUGAUGAAAUGUUUCAUGAGGAAGAUGAUGUGGAUGACAGUGCAGAAGAGAAAACAGAAGAAUCAAGAGCUGAGAAACUUAAAAGGUCCAGCCUCAAGAAGGUAGACAGCCUCAAGAAAGCGUUUUCCCGCCAAAACAUCGAGAAGAAGAUGAACAAGAUCAGCACAAAGAUUGUGUCACCUGAACGGAGAGAAAAGAUCAAGAAAUCACUUACUGUGCAUCAUCAGAAGUCCUCUUCUUCGAAGAGUUCAGGUUUCAAAGUAUCUCCCCUCACAUUCAGCACGAAGAAAGGCCGCGAAGGAGAAAACCCUGCAGAAGCCGAAGACAGACCAUCGGAAACUGCAAGCAAUGACCAAGCUGAGAAUGAGGAUGAAAUGUCCUUUGCCAACAUGCACUCGGAUAUGACACCCACCACCUCACUGACCGAGGAGGGCAAAGCAGGGGUCGAUUCUCUAGAGCAGGAAGCCAGAAUGGAAGGGAAAGCCAUGAUGAACAACAACAUCGAGCUGUCCAUCGUUGAAGAUGACGAUGAAGAGUAUGGGAUGCCUCUAGAAGUUUCUAGCCAGAAACUGUAUGAUGAAAGAAACAACCCAUUUAGUGAGGAAAUGGAACAAGGAGAAGAAAAGGCCCAAGCAGCUGUCCUGCAGGUAGACCAUACAGCGUAAUCAUCCUUUGCCCUCCUUCGCCUUCCAGCUACGCACGGUUUUACUGAGGCUAAUAACUAGUUUCAGCUACACAGCCAGCAGCAGCAAUUAAACCUCUUUCAUCCUAUUCUCUGCAGCGGUAAUUUAUUGCAUUGUGUUGGAAUGCAGAGUAAACAAAGUCAGUGUUGCUCUGCUGUAGGCCGAGUCACUGGUGUUUAUGAAUUUAGAGAUGCUGCCAACUGGUGUAAGAGACUAGCGGGAAGAGAGAAUGUCUAGUGGAAGCAAGCUGGUCAGCUGGCUGUCUUACACUUAAGGUCAGAGGAAUGCAUGGAGAGUAGUCAGAAUCUAAACAUUUCUGUUCUCUUUCCUUCUCUUAGUAUUUCACAGCACUGUGAGUAGUUUUGUAUGUAAAUGUAGAAAUACCAAUGCGAACAUUUGAUUUCAGUUUCCUUGCCAUGCUCCGUGAAUACUAAUAGCCUCGGUAACUGUGCAUACGUGUAGUUUAUUUGGGACUUUGCUCCACAGCACUGUAGGACUAAAAGAGCAGAGUACUUAGAGGGCGAAGCAAAAAAUUUGGUUCCAUCCAGUGGGGGUAGAUUUUUGCCAGUAGUCUCUCUCUACUCACUUAGAAGAAAUUACUGUGUUUUGGUGGAAACAAAAAGAUAUUUUUCAAUCUACCAGAGUUAUGGAAAUAUAUUAAUGACAAACAUGAAUGUGUGAUCAGUUGCUGUACCUCUAAGGGUUCAGAAAUUGAAAAAAAAAAAAAGAAAAGAAAAAAAUAGGAGUUUGGUAGAAACAUGAAGAUAGUCUGAAGAAAGUCUGAAAUGCUAUGAAAUGUAAAAAGAGCAAAAACAAACCCCCACAAUAUUAAAUCUAUGUUCCCAGCCUAAAGUAUAUAUACUCCGAUAACACUAGUUAAUUCUUAGUCUUUUUAGCAAUACAAUAUCAAACUUGGCACCUGCACAACUUUGUAUCUCAGAGUAUUUUGAAAAUAGCAUAAUUUAUCUUUUUACAAAUUAUUUCAUAUAUAGAGCUAUAUCUACACAGAAGAGUUAGAUAAUUACAGGGAUGUAAGGACAAUCAUUUCAAAAAGGUGAAAUACCCUUUCAGGUAUGUCUAAAGGGAACAACGUCUUAUGGAUUGAACUUCAUGGCAGGGAUGAGUUUACAUAAGUAUGAGUCUGCAGAGCCACAGGAUUUGAUUCUCUGCUAAUAACUUUCAUCAAAGUCACCUACCUGCUCUCAAAGUUAGUAGUCUGUAAUUUUUCAAGAGUAAUUGAAAAUGAGAGGUUGCAAGGUAGUUUGUUCACUAUGAAUGUUCAUUCCUGUCACUUAACAAUGGUAAGGGGGAAGGGAGGAAAGGGAAGCACAAUACCCACAAGUUACCUUACAUCCUUGGUUGUUUAUGCAGUGGGUUAUUUUUAUUUUUAUAUAUAUAUAUAUAAAAAUUCUACUGAUACUUAACAUUGCACUAAAAGGUUGCUUCCUUCAACUUGUAUUUAGAACCACGAAUUACACGGGAAAUGAAAGCUACAACAGAAAUACCAUUAGGAAAUAAUUUACAGGUAUUACUCCUCAGGGGUAAUAUCUGUAACCAGAAAAACACACUGGAAGUUAGUCAGUAAGAGCUUAGUGUAGGCGAGUACUAUUAAGAGUUAAGCUCUUAAGUCUAUGCUAUCAUAUAGGAGAUACUGUUUCUAAGAAAAAUCAUGGUAUAACUCGUGCAGCUAUGUUUUUAUUUUGUAUUAACUACAAUGGAUUUCAAUAAUUUUUACUUGUAACUAACUACAAAUAUGACAAAUAAAAGCAUAAUAUAAAACACA